AUGGAGGAAAUCCAGUGUUCUUUUCAAUCUGAGACUACGAUUACUUCAAAGGAAUUUCUCAGCAUAUUUACAUCAGGAGGGCUUUCGCCCAGCUUGGAAAUAAUAAACAGUACAUAUAAUGGCAUCUUCCACUUCAAUUUAACUUUGUUUAGUGAUCGGGUUUACUGGCUGAUUGAUAUUCCCAGAGAAAACAUUACUAAAAAUACAGAUAUUGCAUCUGUAGAAGAAUGGCUAGUCAGGAUUACUUUCCACCACGUAUUAAAUAUCUAUACUACUGAAGGCACACUAUUGGAUACCGUUCGAGAGCCUAUCCUUCAGUGGCCUCUGGGCACUCUGGUCCCGAAAAAUGAGAUCAGGAAAUUGUAUCCACAUGUGGUAGAUCUCAAAGUGACAAAAUGUCCCUGCGCCAAUGAUGUAGCAUUGCUUGGCUUCAUUUUGAAUUCAACACACAAUGGUAUCUACCUAGGCCUCACCGAGUCUGGAUUUUGGAAUUAUGCUGAUGCCCUGUGGUAUAACCUGUCAGAUAUGAUCUAUGUAGAAGUUGGAGAAGAACAUGCAGAGCUUUCAGUGGUGGAUAUGGUCUUAACUAAUCACUUUUUAGUUAUCCUCACAUCUUUGGGUCUUUUUGUAAGUGAAGAUCUUCGUUAUCCAGCAUUCAGUACUUUAAAGUUUUCAAGAGCUGACUUUUGUGGUUUUGAAAGGGGUGACUAUGUCAAAGGAAAAUUGUGGUAUAAUGAAAAGUGUUUUGCUAACAGAGAGCACUUUGAAGUUGAUUAUGUUACUAUCACCUUUGAGAGAAACAGAACCCUGAGUGAGGCAAGCUCUUGUUUUUAUAGUAAGGAACCAUUUCGUGCAUGGUUGCCUUGCUUACCUCACAUUUCAAAACGAAUGAAAAUACUUCCUUCCACUGUGAUAACAUUUCUUAUUGACCAAGAGCUUAACACUGGAGUAUACCUGUCCUACCACAACCACCAGAAACGUACCAAGGUCUCUGUGAACCUUCUGAGAGCUAACAAACCAACUUUAAGAAAGAAAUUUCCAUCCUUCUCAUUUCCUUCAUCCUUCACUUCCCCUACUGGAAUGGUAUUCCAUCCACGAAGUCAUUUUCUGUAUGUUUAUGGCAAUCAGGCCUGGCUUUCCACUGAUGGCGGCAACACUUUUGAAUUGUUAGCUGACUUUCACGAUGAUAUCAUAAUAAACACUUAUCAUAGCUUUUAUACUUCAGAUAUUACUUUUGUUUCCCAGCAUGGAAAGAUUUACCACACGAAAGCAGGAAUAAAAAGAUACAGUGCAUUUGGAUCUGUUUCUGAAAAAAUUUUCACGUUAUACUAUGACCACAUGGGAUUUCUACAUAAACUGACUCCAGAUCACUUUGAAGCUGCAGCCUUUGGAAACACUAAAAGUAUUUUUGGACCGGCUCCUGACAUGGGCUUUGAGACUGCUCUUGCCCCGCAGUACAUCACCUCCAGUGAAAUGAUCUUCUACGCUUACGUCCCAGUGAAUGAGCCAAAGGACAAAAUAUACACCAAGAAAUUUGAACACAUUCAUCUGGGGAAAAUUGUAACGUUUGAAAAAAACGGAAAAGCUUACAUAAAAGAAAUACUGCAGUAUGACACUCCUGAAGGGUUUUUGUCCUCCGCUAUCACAGAAAUUAUAGAACCUUUUGGACUGGAAGAAACCAUUGAGAGCACUUGCUUGCUUAGUUCCCUUCUCAUCCAGAGUGCCGGGGCUGCCUAUAAGCUCACUCUUCAGUCACCACGUAAGUUAUUUCAAGAUUUGGAUAUCGAGAAGACUGUGGUGAUUCCUGGUUAUAGCAGCUUCCUGAUCACAAGUAUUUUAGAUGAUAACAAUGCCUUAGCUACUGCUACCAUGCCUGAAAUAGCCCCCCACAAUAUGACUUUUCCAGAAGGUUCCUGGUUCAUAUACAACUUUGGGCAAAAGAAUGGACGAUUAUGGAAAAUAUAUUCAAAACCAUGUAAUUAUUGGUUUCAACAACUUGAUAAAACACUGUCCCUCAAUGUCCUGAAGUACAUUGAUCUGGGAAAAUCUCUUUCCUUAAAAGUUAAGAUCAUACCUAGCUCAAAAGAUACUCGAAUACUUGAGAUACCUCUGUUGAAAGUCAUCGUUGGAAAUCCAAAUUUGUUGUCAUUUAAAGUAGAAGGCUCCUUUGAUGAUACUGAUAGUUAUGUAGUGGACAUUUCUGCAACUAGCAAAGAUUUACUUCAAGGUUCGACUUCACUGGCAUUGAUUGUCUGGGGAGCAUCGACAGAGUGCUUUGUUACAACAAUUGUGCCAACACUGAAAAGCAGCUGUAGUUACCUCAAAUUUAUGCAUCACAUCCCUUUUAAGUUUAUCCCCUUGGAAGACUGGACUAGUGGCAUUCACAAAGACAGUCAGGGUUUUAAUCUGAUCAAAACGCUGCCGGUAAACUACAGGCCUCCAUCAAAUAUGGGAAUUGCUAUUCCACUGACUGAUAAUUUUUAUCAUGCGGAUCCUAGCAAACCCAUACCAAGAAAUCUAUUUCACAAGUCAAAGAAAUCAGGUAAAUACAAGCAGUGUGCUAACAAGUCCAGUCGCAAGGCGUGUAAUUGCACAAAUGAUCAGAAGUUUUCAUAUGCUGUUGCUUUCUCAGACUGUAGAGAAAAGGUUCCUCGUUUUAAGUUUCCAGUCACAAACUAUCCAAUUUCCUUGGAAAUUCACAGUGAAGAUGGAUACCUCCCAUUGCAAACUCCUUAUCUGGUCACUAUAACCGAAGUGAACGGGAGGGGAAACUGGAAACUAAAAGACACCGUACCAGAAAAUGUAAAAAAUUUGAAAAUUUACUUAGCACACAAACUUAAUGCUCCAGUGUAUAAUCCUUUAGGCCUCAACUUAAGUAUAAAGGGCUCGGAGCUUUUUCACUUCAGAGUGUCUGUUGUCCCAGGGGUCACCUUCUGUAACUUAGUUGGCGAACUUCAGAUUUAUGUUGACGAAGUGCCGUUGCCCUUUCCAGGACACACUCUUAUUGCUGUUGCCUCCGCUGUAGUGCUCGGGGGAUUAAUUUUUAUAUCGUUUAUAUUACAAAUACGUAACAUUCACCCCUGGGAUUGGUGCAAAAACUUGAUUAGGAAAAGCAUCAUGACCCUGCCAUUUUUCAGCGCUGAUCAAGUGGCUCAAAGAUGA